AUGGAGGAGGGCUCCAGCUCGCCCGCGUCCCCCGGGGACAGCCUGGGCACCAGCGAGGAGGAGCCCGAGCCGCAACCCAAGCGCUUCGGGCGCAAGCGGCGUUGCAGCAAGAAGUGGAGCGAGGAUGGCAGCCCGGCCCCGGCCCCGAACCCGGCCUCGAACCCGGGCAAACGCGGCAAGAAGGGCAGCCCCGGCGCGCAGUCGUUCGAGGAGCUGCAGAGCCAGCGGAUCCUCGCCAAUGUGCGCGAGCGCCAGCGCACCCAGUCGCUCAACGAGGCCUUCGCCGCGCUGCGCAAAAUCAUCCCCACGCUGCCCUCGGACAAGCUCAGCAAGAUCCAGACGCUCAAGCUGGCCGCCAGGUACAUAGACUUCCUGUACCAGGUGCUGCAGAGCGACGAGAUGGACAGUAAGAUGACCAGCUGCAGCUACGUGGCCCACGAGCGCCUCAGCUACGCCUUCUCCGUGUGGCGCAUGGAGGGCGCGUGGUCCAUGUCCGCCUCCCACUAG